AUGACGCCCAGUGGAACUCACACCCCUACUUCCCUCGCCGAAGCCACUCACGUUCACCUGUCGAAGAAGUAUGGCAAGUGGGGUAAAGUUCUCGGAUCUGGAGCUGGAGGGACGGUGAGAUUGAUCAAAGGGAACGCUAAAUCGGGAGGGAAGGUAUAUGCUGUGAAGGAGUUUAGGGCGAAGAGGGCGAACGAGAGUGAGAGGGAGUAUCAGAAGAAGGUCACGGCUGAGUUUUGCGUUGGGAGUACGUUGAAGCAUGUUAACAUUAUCGAAACGGUUGAUAUCGUGUCGGAUCAUGGGCAUUAUUACGAGGUAAUGGAAUAUGCCCCGCAUGACCUCUUCAGUGUCGUCAUGUCAGGCCAAAUGUGUCGACCCGAAAUCUACUGUAUCUUUCGGCAGAUAUGUGAUGGCGUCGAUUACCUCCAUGGAAUGGGACUGGCCCAUCGAGACCUCAAGCUGGAUAACUGCGUCAUGACCACUACCAACGUCGUCAAGUUGAUCGAUUUUGGUACGGCGACGGUGUUCAAGUAUCCAGGGAAGAAGAACGUUUUGGCGAGUGGGAUCGUGGGGUCGGAUCCGUACCUUGCACCCGAGGUCUUGACGCAGGAUAAGUACGAUCCUAGGAAGACGGACGUAUGGAGCGUUGCGAUGAUCUUUUUGUGCAUGGUGUUGAAGAGGUUCCCGUGGAAGAUUCCGGAUCUGAAGACGGAUGCUUCGUUUAGGAGUUUUGUGCAGGCUCAUCCGGAUUUGAGCGUUAAGAAGGAGAGGUCGGUUAGUGCUUGUGGUGGGAAGACGGGUGGAGGGAUGGGUGUGAACGAAGAUGGGAAUGGGACGGAACUGGGGUCGCAGAGGUUGCCGACGCGAACUUCGGUCGUCUCGUCUCGCGUGGCGAGCUCUGCGCUUCCAAGUAUACCAAUGGCUCCAUGUCGAGCGAUGAGGAUAGGGAUAGGGACGCAAAGUUUGAUAGCGUCUUGA